UAAUGUAUUAAAAUACAUCAUGAAUAACUUCCAACUCUAGAUUAAUGGUCAAAAUGACUAUUUUUUCACCUCAUAUUUUCAGGUUGGAAUAAAUUAAUAAGAAAAUAUAGUGGCAAUCUUUGUAAAUUUGUCCAAAAAGGAGGGUCUUCUCAUUGACAAAAUUGCAUAAAAGCCCUUCCAAUCCUUGUCCAUUUGAUUCAAAACAUCUCAUUUUCUUCUUCACCCCAAAUAAAAACACACACAAAUACACACACACAGAGAUACAUACAGAGAGAAGUAGACAAGAUGAAGAUAGUAAACAUUUUGGUAGUGCUAUUGUUUGGCAGUUUCAGCAUUGCAUUAUGCUUCACUACUGAUGGACUAUUACCGAACGGCAACUUCGAGUUCGGACCAAAGCCAUCCCAGCUGAAAGGUACAAAAGUGACGGACCCACAUUCGAUACCGGAUUGGGAAGUUUCCGGAUACGUGGAGUACAUAAAAUCCGGCCAAAAACAAGGCGACAUGAUAUUGGUGGUCCCACAAGGAGCCGCGGCCGUCCGAUUGGGCGACGAAGCUUCGAUCAAGACCAAGAGAGUCAAGGUCAUAAAUGGGAUGUUCUACUCCGUCUCGUUCGGUGCUGCGAGAACUUGCGCGCAAGAGGAGAAAUUGAACGUGUCGUUUGCACCGAAUAAGGAGGAGAAAGAUUGGGGCGUUUUGCCGAUACAAACGGUGUAUAGUAGCGAUGGUUGGGAUUGUUACUCGUGGGGGUUUUUGGCCCAAUCCGACGAAAUUGUGAUCACCUUUCAUAACCCGGGAGUCGAGAAGGACCCGGCUUGUGGCCCGCUUAUCGAUAACGUUGCACUCAAGGUGUUGCGUGCCCCUAUUAGGCAAAGAGGUAACAUGUUGAAGAAUGGGAACUUUGAAGAGGGUCCAUACAUUUUCCCCAACACAACAUACGGUUGUCUAAUUCCUCCGAACAUCGAAGACGACCACUCCCCUCUACCCGGAUGGAUAAUUGAGUCCCUCAAAGCCGUAAAAUACGUAGAUUCCGACCAUUACGGGGUGCCCGAGGGCAAACGGGCAGUCGAGUUGGUUGCCGGAAGAGAAAGUGCCCUAGCUCAAAUAGUGAAAACUGUGCCCGGAAAAACUUACGAUCUUUAUUUCUUAUUGGGGGACGCGAAAAAUUCUUGCGAGGGGAUGAUGACCGUUGAGGCGGCCGCGGGCAAAAAUUCUCUUCAAUUCCACUACGAAUCGAAGGGCGCCGGUGGAUUUCAACGUUCGAAAUUGAGGUUUAAGGCAGUGUCAGUUCGUACUAGGGUUAGGUUUUUGAGCAUGCUUUAUCACAUGAAGAGUGAUAAUACCGGGUCUUUAUGUGGGCCCGUGAUUGAUGAUGUGAGGUUAGUCGGCGUUCGGAAUCCGGGUCGGGUUUGAUUGGGAAAUAUAUGAUAUGAUUAUAUGUAAAUCACAUGGCUUGUUGUAUGGUUUCUUCUUCAUCAUAUGAAUUAUUUAAUUCAAUAUUAUUAGGAUCACAAAUAUUUGAUCCUAUGUACUUUCUUCGUUUAA